AUGAAGCUGUGCAUAGUUAUUUUCUCAUCGGUCUCCAUUCUGCAAUGCAUAGUUAUUGAUAAUGAUUAUAAUCUGGCGAUGGAUGACGAGUUUCUGACAUCGACAACAUCGCAGAGUCGUCGUAACUGUACCCGAGACACUGCGAUCAUCGACAAAUUGCUCAAUGGCACUGGCUAUAAUAAGUUUCGAAUUCCAAACGAUGAUGGUGUGAAGGUAUCUGUCCAAUUCUGGAUCAACACAAUCACAUCUAUUAACGAAAUAACGAAUGACUUCGAGAUGGACAUUUAUAUCAACGAAAUGUGGCUCGAUCCAGCAUUGAAUUUCGAAAACCUAUCACCCUGCAAACACAACCUCUCGUUAAGUCAUCAGGUGCUUGAUCGACUUUGGACUCCGAACAGUUGUUUCAUCAACAGCAAAUUCGCCGAGAUCCAUGAUUCUCCCUUUAAGAACGUCUUUCUGAUGCUCUACCCAAAUGGCACUGUGUGGGUGAACUACCGUGUCAAUGUGAAGGGGCCGUGUGCUAUGUCUCUCGAAUUGUUCCCAUUAGAUAUACAAGAAUGCUUUCUGAUAUAUGAAAGUUUCAACUACAACAAUCAAGAAGUACAGAUGAGAUGGGCAGAGGAUAGUCCGUACCCCGUGGUCACUAUGACCCCAAUCGUACUACCUGAUUUCGAUCUCAUCAAAAUUUCACCGACACUUGUUAACGCACCAUAUCCGGCCGGUUGGUGGGACGAGUUGCAUGUGCGAUUGACGUUCGAAAGACGAUACAUAUGGUAUUUCAUGCAAGCUUAUUUACCUACAUACCUCACAAUUUUCAUUAGUUGGAUUUCGUUCUCGUUAGGACCACGAGCGAUUCCGGCGCGGACUAUGUUGGGAGUAAAUGCAUUGUUGGCGAUGAUCUUUCAGUUCGGCAACAUCAUGCGAAAUCUUCCUAGAGUGUCAUAUAUUAAAGCUAUUGAUGUCUGGAUGCUGAUGUCCAUGACGUUUGUCUUCUGCAGCUUGCUUGAAUUGGCUAUUGUCGGUUAUAAGGUGAAAAAUGAGGAGAUCAUGAAGAAACGUGGCUCUUGCGGAAAACUGAUUGUAAGCACAAGGACUCAUUUGUCCAUUUACAUAAUAGAGCAAAUCGCCGGUCUAUGCCGGUACGAGCAACGGUUUGUGCUUCCACUGGAGCGGAAAGGAUUAGGCUGGAGCCUUAUGAACCGCCUUCGUGGAAUGCGUGAUUGGCCACCGGAGAGAAUCGAUCACAUAUCAUCUUUCAUAUUUCCUGCUUGCUUUGCUCUAUUCAACGUGAGUAGGACUGAUAUAACGACGAGUUGUUUGAAACUUCGACCUGAUAAAGCGGUUUCAUCAUAG